AUGCAGAUCAAAAAUAGCAUUCAAACUGUUGUUUUAUCAUUUCUUUUGUUGAUCCCAACUAACCUUGUGGCUCGUAAAAGCAGCAAGAGGGAGCUCAUUGAAGAUGUCGAAGAUGUGAAACAGUUCAAGAAAUUACUCCGAACCAAAACAAACUUGUUGGUUAUUUAUGCCAAGUCAGAUAAAGCUGUAAGUAAGUUGAUGCCAAUUCUCAGUGAGGUGGCAGAUGAAGUUAGGGGCACUGGAACUCUCAUAUAUGUCAACUGUGGGGAAGCCAAAAAAUUAUGCAAAAAGUCCAAAGCAUCCCCCAGUACAGUGGAACUGAAACAUUACAAAGAUGGCGAGUACAAUAAAGAUUAUGACAGAAAAAAUACAGUUAAGUCUAUGGUUAGCUUCAUGAGAGAUCCUACUGGGGAGAUACCGUGGGAGGAGGAUUCCACUGCAGGAGAUGUAGUUCAUAUAGAACAUCAAGCUGCAUUGAAUAAACUGAUAACUAAAGAAAAGAAGCCUCUCUUGGUGAUGUUUUAUGCCCCAUGGUGUGGAUUCUGCAAAAGAAUUAAACCUGACUAUGCAUCUGCAGCCACAGAACUUAAAGGCGAAUCAGUAAUGGCUGGUAUGGAUGUAGAUAAACCAGAGAAUAUGAAUGUGAGAACUGCCUUUAAUAUAACAGGCUUCCCAACCAUUCUCUACUUUGAGAAAGGUCAGAUGAAAUACAAAUAUGGAGGAGAAAAUACUAAAGAUGGCUUAGUGUCCUGGAUGAGAGACCCCCAGCCACCAAAGGAACCAGAGAAAGAAGCUGAAUGGUCUGAUGCUGAGAAUGAUGUAGAACAUCUCACAGAUGAAAACUUUGAUACAUUCACUGCAGACAAAGAAUCUGUUCUAGUCAUGUUUUAUGCACCUUGGUGUGGACAUUGUAAAAAGAUGAAACCAGAAUAUGAACAAGCUGCCUCAGAAUUAAAAGAAGAGGGAGUCAGUGGUAUAAUUGCAGCAGUCGAUGCGACAAAAUCCCCUAAAGUAGCCCAGAAAUACGAAGUGAAGGGCUAUCCAACUGUCAAAUUUUUCUCCAAUGGAGAGUCAAAAUGGGACUUUAAUGAAAGAACUGCUGAAAAAAUAGUUGAAUUUAUGAAAAACCCUGUGGAGCCCCCACCCCCUCCUCCCCCAGAACCUGAAUGGUCCGAAGUUGAAAGUGACGUUGAGCAUUUAACUGAUGAGACAUUCAAAUCUACAUUAAAGAAAAGAAAACACUGCUUAGUUAUGUUUUAUGCUCCAUGGUGUGGCCAUUGUAAAAGAGCCAAGCCAGAAUUUAUGGCAGCUGCCGCUCAAUUCAAAGAUGACAGAAAGGUAUCAUUUGCUGCUGUGGACUGCACCAAACAUCAAAGUACUUGCAGUGCCUUUGAAGUAUCGGGCUACCCAACUCUAAAAUAUUUCAACUAUGGAAAAGAUGCUCAAACUUACUCAGGAGGAAGAGAGGAACGAGAUUUCGUAAACUUUAUGAAUGAUCCGCUGAAUCCACUCUCAUCUUCACCACCUGCUCCUCCUGCUCCAGAGGAAUCAUGGAGUGAUCUCACGGGAGCAGACCAGCUUACACAUCUCACAGAUAACACAUUCAAUGAAUUUAUCAAUCAACAUGAGUCUGUACUCGUCAUGUUCUAUGCACCCUGGUGUGGUCACUGUAAAGCCAUGAAACCAGCAUAUGCUGAAGCAGCCCAAGAGCUCAGUACAGCAGGGAUUAGUGGAAAACUGAGCACAGUUGAUGCUCAGCAGGAAAGGGUCCUUGCUGGAAGAUUUGAUAUCAAAGGAUAUCCAACAAUAAAAUACUUUAAAAAUGGAGAAAUGCAGUUUGACUAUACCAAAGGACGAACAACAGAAGACUUAGUAGCCUUCAUGAAAGAUCCUAAAGCACCUCCACCCCCUCCCCCAGCCGAGCCAGCCUGGAGUGACACUCCUAGUGAAGUGAAUCACCUAACAGAUGCUACAUUUAACAAGUUCGUCACUGGAACUGAGCACACUCUGGUAAUGUUCUAUGCUCCUUGGUGUGGUCACUGCAAGAAGGCCAAACCAGAAUACCAGUUAGCUGCUGAUGAACUUAAAGCUGAUGCAAGUAGAAAACUAGCAGCAGUUGACUGCACUGAUGCCAAAUGUAAAGACACAUGUAAACGAUAUGAUGUUAGUGGAUAUCCAACAUUCAAAUAUUUUUAUCGUGGACAGGGAGCAGUAAAAUAUGAAGCUGGGCGUCAAAAAGCUGACUUCGUAAAGUAUCUCAUGGAACCCCCGUCUCCAACUGACAGUAAAGUAAAGAAGGAAAAGGAAGAAUUGUAGCAUAAUUUAUUAAACCUGAAAACAUUUACUAGACAGUUUAUGAAAAGUUCAUGAUCACCAAAGUAAUUUUACUUCAUACUAUUGUCACUGUGUAUAGUCCAAUAACUGUCAUUGAUGCGGAUGAGGAGGGAGGUCACGAUACUCUUCUCAUUCCCAUUGCAUCCAAAUGUUGUCAUACCAAGAGUUACUGUUAUACACAUAAAUGCAAUCAUUUAUAGAGAUGUCCACAUUUGACGUCCAGAAAACCUUAGUGAAUAUAUCUCUCUUUUGAGGAUAUCUUCUUUAUAUUAUACAGCUCUCUAUUGGGUUCAAUGCACUCAUGCCGUGUGUUUUCAAGUCCCUAAGUAGUGAAAUCCUAUCUACAGUAAAUACUUCUUUUUUUUUUUAAUAGAUUUUUAUUUCAGGUUUAGCAGCAUUACAAUUCAAUAAAUAC